AUGGCUCCCGCAUCCACCUCGCCGGCGGCUGAACCCCGCCCACGGCAGCCGCUGGCCAAGUCCACUCUGCUGGGCGGCGCGGCGGAUCUGGACGCGGCCGUGUCCCUCCGCCUCCACGCGCUCUUCCUCCCGGUGCCGCGCCUCCUCCUCAAGGCCCUCGAGGUGGCCGGCGACGGCCGCAUCUGGCUCCCCGUCCCCAUCUCCCUGCUCCUGAUCUCCACCACCACCCCCUCCUCCACGGUCUCCCCGCUCCUCGUCGGCCUCGUCGCGGGCCUGGUGCUCGACAUCGCCUUCGUCGGCCUCGCCAAGCUCAUCUUCCGCCGGCCGCGCCCGGCGUACAACGCCGCGGACAUGUACGUCGCCGUCGCCGUCGACCACUGGUCCUUCCCCAGCGGCCACUCCUCCAGGGCAUUCCUCGUUGCCGCCUUCCUCGCUGGCAGCGGUCUCCCCCGCGAGGCGCUGUACCUCUGGGCGGCCGCAACCUCGGCCUCAAGGGUGCUUCUCGGCCGGCACUACGUUCUCGAUGUCGUCGCCGGGGCUUGGCUCGGCGUGCUCGAGGCCUGGCUCAGCAACUUGAUCUUGAGCUAUUUGUGCGCCGCCGGCAGCUUUCUUGUAUGCUAACUCUUGCUCCUGCACGAUUUGUAAUUGCACAGCAUUGCUAUGACACAGCUGCGAAUUCUUAUUCUUAUGGUACAAAUACAAUUGUUGCGAGAUGGUGGUUUUUUCACUUUCUUCAUUAUGACAUUCACAGGUGGUAGGCUAGUUUUACAUUGCCUAUGCUCAGUGCAUUGGAAUCGUUUGUUUCAGAUUUCAGUUGUUCUUACCCCUAUCUUCUGUAGAAAUCUCUUCUUCAAUGAAUGUUUCACAGAGUA